AUGGUUUACAAAAUCGAUCAGACAUCCAACCAAAUCAUAAAACAAGAGAUUGAUGAUACAAUCGACUCGAUUGAAUCAUUGGUUGAAGAAUUGCCUGAUAAUAAUCCAAGAUUUGUGUUAUUAUCUUAUCCAACAAAGACUAGCGAUGGAAGAUUCCAAUCACCAUUGGUGAUGUUAUAUUGGAUCCCCCAUACUUCGAAUCAGCAAAAUAGAAUGUUAUACGCUGGUGCAGUUGAACAGUUUAGAGACAAGGCUGGAGUAUCAAAAUUGAUUAAAGUUGAAGAUGAAGAUGAUUUUGAGGAACUUGAAGAACAAAUUGUGUCGUGA